CACCCUCUUAAACUGCAAGCCAAUAAUUCAUUGACUUUGGAGCACAGCAGGAUGACAACUAAGAAUAAUUAAGAACGUCCUAAUACAAUGUGUCAGAGCCACCCUCUUAAACUGCAAGCCACAAGCAACAAAACACCCUAAACUUUUGCAUUGACUGAGAAAACUGUCUUUCUCUCUUCACUUAAAAGUUCUCUCUUGCUAUCCCUCCUCUAUAAGCACCAUCUAUUUCCUUAAUUGCUUCAUAGGAAAGUACAAUGACUAAGAUCUUUCUGCUGUUAUGUCUGCUCUUGUUAGCUUCUUCUGGGUUUGUCCAUGGCUUUUCUAAGAUGGAUUAUAUUAGGUUAUUUGAGCUCAAGAAAGGUGAUUUUUCUAUAAAGGUCACCAAUUGGGGUGCAACACUUGUGUCCGUUAUACUUCCGGAUAAGAAUGGGAAGUUGGGUGACAUUGUUCUUGGAUAUGAUUCUCCCAAGGCAUACACAAAUGAUACAUCAUACUUUGGAGCUACUGUGGGCCGGGUUGCUAACAGAAUUGGAGGAGCUCAGUUCACUCUAAAUGGAAUCCAUUACAAAUUAGUUGCUAAUGAAGGAAACAACACACUUCAUUCUGGACCCAAAGCAUUCAGUGAUGUUCUUUGGAAAGUGACAAGGUAUAUAAAAGAUGGUGAAAAACCCAGAAUCACCUUCAGUUACCACAGUUAUGAUGGUGAAGGAGGAUUUCCUGGGGACCUCCUAGUAACUGUGAGCUACAUUCUUGGGAAAAACUCAUUGAGGAUAAUCAUGAAAGCAAAAGCUCUGAACAAGCCUACCCCGGUGAAUAUGGUGAACCAUGCUUACUGGAAUCUAGGAAACCACAAUAGUGGCAACAUUCUAGAUGAAGUGGUUCAGAUCUUUGGAUCCCAAGUCACACUAUUUGAUGACCAUCUCAUUCCCACAGGCCAAUAUGCCUCUGUGAAAGGAACCCCAUAUGACUUCCUUGAGCCACACAUUGUUGGAGAAAGGAUCAACCAAUUGCCUAAGACCAAUGGCUAUGACAUCAACUAUGUGCUGGAUGGUGAAAAAGGCAAAGAGAUUAAGCUGGCAGCUAUAGUGGUGGAUAAGAAGUCAGGGAGGGUGAUGAAGCUCUUCACAAAUGCUCCUGGUUUGCAAUUUUACACUGCUAAUUUUGUCAAGAAUGAAAAGGGAAAAGGAGGGUUUGUUUAUCAGCCACGUUCAGCAUUGUGUUUGGAGAGUCAAGCUUUUCCUGACUCUGUGAAUCACCCUAAUUUUCCAUCAACUAUUGUGACCACAGAAAAGCCCUACAAGCAUGUCUUGUUGCUUAAAUUUUCCACCAAAGUUCCACAUGCUUUUUCACAGUUCUAAUUAGAAUUGUGUGCUUUGAGCCAUUUUUUAUGUGUUUGGUAUCAAUGUAUAGCAUGACUCUUGUGCUCUUGCAAACUUGGGUUGGGGUCAUUAAAAUGAAUAAUGAGAUAUUUUAAUUAAUUUUAUGCA